AUGAAGAGGAGUACAUUUAUAUUCCUUUUCUUCUUUAUUGGUACUAUAUACCCAUCAUCAAUAGUACCAACAGCAGUACUAACACCACCAGCAGCAUCAGCAUCAGCAGCAUCAGCAGCAGCAGCAGCAGCAGCAGCAGCAGCAAAUGAGGAAAAGAAUAAUUUAUUACCACCAUUUUCUUCUUUUAAGAAUUCUUUUAUAAAAAGAAAAAGUAUUCAAUCUAUUUCUCCUCAUUACCCAAGAGAAAAAAAGAAUUUAUUUUCUUCUUUUUCCUUAGAUACUAUAAACAAAAGGGUAGAUAAUAGCACCAAUAAAGACAUAAAAAGACAGCAGCAGCAAGAAGAGCAGCAAGAAGAGCAGCAAGAGCAGCAGCAGCAGCAGCAGCAGCAGCAGGAGGAGCCCGAGUACGACAUUCCUUUAUUGUAUGAUACAUCUUCUUUUAUAGAUAAAGAGGAUGAAGAUCUGCAGCGGCUGCUGCAGCAGCACGAGCUGCAGCAGCCGCUGCUGCAGGAGCAUCAGUUGCAGCAGCUGCAGGAGUUGCAGCAGCUGCUGCGGCAGAAGAUGCAGCAGCAGCAGCAAGAAGAAGAAGAAGCAGGAGGAGAAGAAGAGGAAGAGGAAGAAGAAGAAGAACCUUUUGUUACCGUCAUGAGUAACGGUAUAAAAAACAACAAGAAGAGCAGCAGCAGCAGCACAACCACCACCACGAGCAGCACGAGCAGCACAAGCAGCAGCAGCAGCAGCAGCAGCAGCAGCAGCAAGAUAGAAGAAGAAGAGUAUGAAGAAGAAGAAGAACCUGAGGAAUUUAAGACAGCAAUAUAUAUACCUAAGAAAAGAGGAGAAAAAGAAGAAGAAAAAGAAGAGAAAAAAGAAGAAAAGGAGAAGAAAGGAGAAGAAGAGAAGAAAAAAGAAGAAAAAGAAGAGAAAAUAAGAAAAGAACAAGAAGAAGAAGAAAAAAAAAGAAAAAGGGAAUUAAAAUUAAUAAGAGGGACAGGAGGAACAGGAGGAGAAGGAGAAGGAGAAGGAGGAGGAGAAGGAGGGAGGAAGGAGGGAGAGGGAGAAGGAGAAGGAGAGGGAGAAGGAGAGGGAGGAAGAGAGGGAGAGGUAGAUGAUUUAGUUAUACAUAAUAUUAUUAAGGAAGAAAUUAAAUUCAGAAAACAAAAAGCUAAACAAGAACAGGAAGAAAAAAAAGAAAAAGAAGAAGAAAAAAAAGAAACAGAAAAAGAAUAUAUUAUUAAUAAAGAAGAAGAUAAAGAGAUAAAAAAAGAAGAAGAAAAAGAGAUAAAAAAAGAGGAAGAAAAAAGAAAAGAAAUAAAAGAAGAAAUAAAUAAAGAAAAAGAAGAAAAAGAAGAAAAAGAAGAAAAAGAAGAAGAAAAAGAAGAAGAAAAAGAAGAAGAAAAAGAAGAAGAAGAGGAAGAAAAUAAUAUAACUGCAGAUACACUAGAAGAAAUUUGGUGCUGCAUGGCAUUGGGCUAUGGCAUGAUUGAUGAUAAAAAUAAGGCAGAUGCUAUAAAAGAAUUUAAAUAUAAUAAAAAAGCAUUAACUAAUUUCCUUAUGGGUAGUGCUGCUGUUGAUACACAAGUUGGAGAGUCAUCUGCCUUUGAUGCUCCUGGUAAUGAUCUACAAGAAAUGAUGUUUGUAAGAAAUAAAUAA